UGACGUAACGUACGCAGGCGCGCGCAGUUUGUUCGCAUAUGAUUGUUCGUGGGGCGAUGCCUGUCGUUCGCAUGUAGUUUGUGUGCGCUGUCGACGUUGUCGUGUUUGUCAACGCAGUCUUUCGUACCGGCACGCAAGCCCUCCGAUCAUGGCGAGUUCGUUCUUCAAUGACGAAUCCGACGUUACAACAGCAGAAACGUUCCUCGUGUCCGGCCGUGAAACGACGUCCGUUUCUCACGUCGCUAGGCUCGCCGCCGAGGCUUCACAGGUGAAGGAGCAAGUGGUAGAACUUGAAGCUCGGAAGGCAUUCGAUUACCUGAGGCCCAGCCGAGUAGAAAAGCUCCGGGGCACGAUGGAUGCUACCUUGCUCAAACUGACCACCUCAGAAGAGAAGGCCCAGAGUCAGCUGGGCCAUAAUGUAGUAGCCAGUAGGCAGUGGGCCAAAGAAUGGAAGUCCCUGGCAUUGCUUGUGCACAACAUCAUCAACUGCAAGCCUUGCCAGGGGGACAUCAGGGGGGACGUGACCUGGAAAAGGUUUGACUUGGAGAAGUUACAAGUGACGGACAAGCGUUUGAGCCGUGCAGCAGACACCAUCGACGCAGGCAUCAAGGAGUUGCAACUGCGCAUUGGACGUCUGUGAGAAGUUCGACUGAGUGUGUAUAGCCUUCAGAUGUUCUGUAUAUUUAAUAAAUUUAUUAGUUUCUUGUGA